UCCACGGUAGCCAACAUGCAGCUCUUUGUCCGUGCCCAGGAACUACACACCCUCGAAGUGACCGGCCAGGAGACGGUCACCCAGAUCAAAGCUCAUGUGGCCUCACUAGAAGGCAUUGCCCUGGAAGAUCAAGUCGUGCUUCUGGCAGGCUCGCCGCAAGAGGAUGAGGCCACUCUAGGACAGUGUGGUAUAGAGGCCCUGACCAUGCUGGAGGUAGCUGGUCACAUGCUAGGAGGUAAAGUUCAUGGUUCUCUGGCUCGUGCUGGGAAAGUGAGAGGUCAGACUCCCAAGGUGGCCAAACAGGAAAAGAAGAAGAAGAAGACUGGUCAGGCCAAGAGGCAAAUGCAGUACAAACAAUGCUUUGUCAAUGUCAUGCCCACCUUUGGCAAGAAGAAGGGCCCCAAUGCUAAUUCCUAAGUCCUGUUGUGAU